UUGAAUACCAGACUUUCCCAAGUUCUUUAUGUAGGAGAGAGAGAAGUUUCCUGAAAUGUGAUACUCUUCAUGGAAACAAAUGUCAAGAAAAACAAUGUGAACAAAACUUGUAGUAGUCUAUCAAGUGUGGAAGAAGCCUCUGUUAUUAUCUGUAACACCUUGCCUUUAGAGCAAGUUUCAUGAUCUUAUGUGCCCGAUCUUCCCAGAAUUUUUCCCAGAGUAGUACACCUAGGAAGGUGAAUCCCAGAAAAGGUGAAUCCCAGAAAAGGCACUGCAAUAAUAUCACAACAGUCAAAUUCUUCAAACAUGUCUCAAAUACCCGUCCCAGGAAAACCUCCCUUCAAGGUAUGCUAUAUCUGUGGCAGAGAAUUUGGGUCACAGUCUAUUGCCAUACAUGAACCUCAGUGCCUAGAGAAGUGGCGUAUUGAGAACAGUCAGCUACCGAAGCACCUUAGAAGGCCAGAGCCCAGGAAACCUGAGGUCCUUACUGGUUCUGGUUCCUAUACACUUACAGAUGAAAAUGAAGCAGCUUAUUAUAGUGCUCAAGCCCAGCUGGUGCCCUGUAGAAAGUGUGGCCGAACCUUUUUUCCUGACCGUCUCCCUGUGCACGAAAGGUGUUGCAAAGGAGGUGGCAGCAGUGCGAAGCUACCGAGCACUACCACUAGUAAAUCUGGUAAAGCACCGAGAUCUGGACCUGGCUCAGCAAGUAGUGAUCCAUUUGAGGCCCAUCAAGGAACAAGCAGGGCUGCACCAGCUGGAUCAGACCAGGCAAAAGUGAUAGGACGGCCACCAACAGUGAUUUGCUACAUAUGUGGCCGUGAGUAUGGAACAAAAUCUAUUAGUAUACAUGAGCCACAAUGCCUGAAAAAAUGGCACCGGGAUAAUGACAACCUCCCCAAGCACUUGAGAAGGCCAGAACCCAAAAAACCUGAAGUCAGAACCGUGCAAGCCAAAGGUUUCUAUGAUCUUGAUGCUUUAAAUGAGGCUGCCUGGACCAGCGCCCAAGCCCAGCUAGUUCCAUGUGAUAUUUGUGGGCGUACUUUUCUUCCAGACAGACUGAUCGUCCACCAGAGGUCCUGUAAACCAAAACCUGCAAAGUGA